ACAAAUAUAAAAUACAAUAAUAGAGAUAAGAGAGGAAAAAACAGCAGCAAGAAUAGUUUUUCUUACAAAAAGAAAACAGACGAAAGGAGUGCGCAAGGCAACGUUGUUGGUCGCCACAAAUAUUUAAAGAGACAAAAACAACACAGACAAACAUAAAACAGACAAAAAUGGAGCUGCGCGUUGGGAAUAAAUAUCGAUUGGGCCGCAAAAUAGGCUCGGGCUCCUUUGGCGACAUCUAUUUGGGCACAACGAUCAACACCGGCGAGGAGGUUGCCAUCAAAUUGGAAUGCAUACGCACCAAACAUCCACAGCUGCACAUCGAAUCCAAGUUCUACAAGACAAUGCAGGGCGGCAUUGGAAUACCGAGGAUCAUUUGGUGUGGCAGCGAGGGUGACUACAAUGUGAUGGUUAUGGAGCUAUUGGGGCCAUCGCUGGAGGAUCUAUUUAAUUUUUGUUCACGCCGCUUCUCGCUGAAGACGGUGCUGCUCCUGGCGGAUCAGAUGAUAUCGCGCAUCGACUAUAUACAUUCGCGUGACUUCAUCCAUCGCGACAUCAAGCCGGAUAACUUUCUGAUGGGACUGGGCAAGAAGGGCAAUCUCGUGUACAUAAUUGACUUUGGGCUGGCGAAGAAAUUUCGCGAUGCCCGCUCCCUCAAGCACAUACCGUAUCGGGAAAACAAGAAUCUGACGGGCACCGCACGCUACGCCUCGAUCAACACCCAUCUGGGCAUCGAGCAGUCGCGACGCGACGAUCUCGAAUCCCUUGGCUAUGUCCUCAUGUACUUCAAUUUGGGCGCCUUGCCCUGGCAGGGCUUAAAGGCAGCGAAUAAGCGACAGAAAUAUGAACGCAUAUCGGAGAAGAAGUUGUCCACAUCAAUUGUGGUGCUGUGCAAGGGCUUCCCCAGCGAGUUUGUCAAUUAUCUCAACUUUUGCCGGCAGAUGCAUUUCGAUCAGCGUCCCGAUUACUGCCAUUUGCGUAAACUGUUUCGAAAUCUGUUCCAUCGUUUGGGCUUCACCUAUGACUAUGUCUUCGACUGGAAUUUGCUCAAGUUUGGCGGCCCGCGUAAUCCCCAGGCCAUACAGCAGGCACAGGAUGGCACCGAUGCGGGUCCCGGUCAGAAUCAGGAUGCAGUUGCCACAGCCGCUGCCGUUGCAGCCGCAGCAGCAUCCCAUCAACAGCAGCAACAGCAGCAGCAGCAGCAACAACAGCACAAGAUCAACACAACAAUGGGAGGCGGCACAGCUGGAGGCGGUGGCAGCAGUGCACAACAAAUGCUCGGCAGCAGCUCGGCGGCUGGCCAAACGUUGGCGAUGGCCAUUGGCAACGGUGGCCUCAACAUGGACGAUUCGAUGGCAGCGACGAAUUCAUCAAGACAGCCCUACGAUACGCCAGAGAGGCGCCCCUCGAUACGGAUGCGUCAGGGCGGCGGUCUGCAGGCGGGGGGCGGCGGCGGCGGUGUUGUCGGUGAUGUACGAAAUGCUAAAUAAUAUUUUAUUGUUUAGAUGCCACACAAACACACAACAACACACAC